GUUAUACCCAAAUUCCUCGUUUAGCUAUCGAAUUCAUCAGUCAUGGCGACUGCACUUAUCGCCGGCCUUUCUUCAACCCUAAAGCUUCCUCUUCUCACAUCAAUUUCAUCUUCCCCUUUGAAAUUUCGACCUAAAAGCCAAAACGUUCAAUUUUGUAGCUCCCCUUACAAAAUUCACACCAUUUGGAACAAACCCACAAGAAAUUGCAAUGUGUUAUCGCAUAAUCUAAGUGGGUUUCUAAUUUCGAGGAGCUUGGGACCUUUCACUGUCUCCGCCGGAGCUGUUGAACCUCAGAAUGAUGAUAGAGAGGAGGGUACUAUGCCGGAACGGUUCAGGUACUUGACCAAAGAAGCUCCUGAUCCUCCUGUGAGAUGGCCUUUCUUUGUUGCUCUGGCAUUUAUUCUCUAUGCUUGGAGAGCAGUCUUUUUUGAACUUGGUAACUGGAGAAAGGCUGUUCUUUGCAUCUUCAAUUUUGUGGGAUACAUAUUAAAAGGUGCCUUAGCUCUCAUCCUCUAUGUUAUUGGAGAUCCCAUCACUUCUAUGAUAAGAGGAAUCGAGACGACAUUCUACACGAUUCGAUCUUUCUACUCGAGCAUAGUUGCAUACGCACCCGUUCCCGAGCUAACCACACUAAUCAUCCUAGCCUCAACCGUGGUUGCAAUCUCAGAAGCCAGUGUCCCUGAUUCUGUUAGCACUCAACCAUAUCUUCUAACACUAUCAGGGCUUGCUAGCUACGCAGCCGUGCGAGCGUACAUUUCCGAGCCAUUCUUCUGGACGAUUCUGUUGGGAGUUUACAGUUUCUCGAAGUUCGUCAAGAAGAGAAACGACGUAACGUCUGCGCUGCCUGCUGCUGCUGUGUUUGCUGCCAUUGGUGAGCCAUGGGUUAGGAUUUUGGCUAUGGGUUCGUUUAUGGGUUUGGCUAUUUGGCACCAUUGGAAGAAGGUUUCACAAGGAAAGGAAAGGGAAGAGGGUGUGUAUGAGAGGGAUGUUCCGGUGCCUCUUUUGGGUGCGGCUUUGGCUAUUGGGAUCCAUGCGGCGGCCAAAUGGGCUGGUUAUAGGCACUUGACAUGGAUGAUUGUAUGAAUAUAAACACUUCAAUUUUUAUUUGAGGUUUUGAUUUGAGAGAUGAUUUUAGAAGAGAGGAACCCUCUUAUUUAUCAUUUGAUUUAUAUUUUGAAUUUUUAGUCUUUUGUUUUAUAA